UGGAGGCGGGGACGCGCGGCGGUGAGCUCCUGCCGGCAUCUUCGUGGUCUUCUCGGAGCCGUAGUCUUAGCACCCCGAGCUCUCUGUCCCGCACCUUGCAGCUCCCACGCAGACACUCCCUCGGGCCUCCAGUAAACCGUAACUGAAGAAAAAUGAUGGAAGAGAGCGGAAUAGAGACAACCCCCCCGGGGACCCCUCCACCGCACCCUGCGGGACUGGCCGCAGCCGCUGUGGCUUCCACCCCUCUGCCUUUAGCUGCAACCAGUUCUUUCUCUUCUCCGAAUGUGUCGUCCAUACAGUCCUUGCCGCCACACGCGUACUCCACCCCUCAGCCGUCCCUCCCUCCUGUGAGGCCCUCGGCACCCUUGCCCUUCGUGCCACCUUCACCGGUCCCUUCUGUUCCAGCCCUUGCUACUUCCAUCCCACCUCCUGUCUCUCCACCACCUGCUGCUGCCUUCAGUAAUCCUCCUCUGUCCCACUUCCCGGCUACAUCGUCUGCCCCAAGCACUCUUUUAUCUGCACCCUCUUCCGGUCCUCCCACGUCGGGAUUUUCCGUUGGGGCAGCUUACGACAUUACAAGGGGACACGCAGGAAGAGCUCCCCAGACGCCCCUGAUGCCAUCAUUCUCUGCACCUCCGGUAACAGGUAUGUUGCCGACUCCCAUUACUCAGCAAGCCAGUUUGACAUCUCUGGCCCAGGGACCGGGAACCACAUCAGCCAUUACUUUUCCAGAGGAGCAAGAAGAUCCUCGAGUUGGUAGAGGUCAGGAUGAGGCAUCUGCUGGUGGACUCUGGGGUUUUAUUAAGGGUGUGGCCGGAAAUCCUAUGGUGAAAUCUGUGCUUGAUAAAACAAAACAUUCAGUAGAAAGCAUGAUUACAACGCUGGACCCUGGCAUGGCUCCGUAUAUCAAAUCUGGAGGUGAACUGGAUAUUGUAGUGACCUCAAAUAAAGAAGUAAAAGUUGCUGCCGUCCGAGAUGCUUUCCAGGAGGUCUUUGGCUUAGCUGUGGUCAUCGGGGAAGCUGGACAGUCCAAUAUUGCCCCACAGCCAGUGGGCUAUGCGGCUGGAUUAAAAGGUGCCCAGGAACGGAUAGACAGCUUGCGUCGAACUGGAGUGAUCCAUGAAAAGCAGACUGCUGUGUCAGUAGAAAACUUCAUUGCAGAAUUGCUACCUGACAAGUGGUUUGACAUUGGCUGUUUGAUAGUGGAGGACCCCGUCCAUGGCAUUCACCUAGAGACCUUUACACAGGCCACACCCGUGCCUUUGGAAUUUGUACAGCAGGCUCAAAGCCUCACUCCCCAGGACUACAGUCUGAGGUGGUCAGGCCUUCUGGUGACAGUGGGUGAAGUCCUGGAAAAGAGCUUAGUGAACGUGACGCGGACCGACUGGCACCUGACAUUCACCGGCAUGUCUCGCCGGCAGAUGAUCUAUAGUGCGGCCAAAGCCAUUGCUGGCAUGUACAAACAGCGCCUGCCCCCCAGGACCGUGUGACGGAAGACUCACCCAGGGCCCAGACACCACUUCGCUUGGAACUUGGCGGUAAAGACUUUGUCCCAUCCCCAGGUGGAGAGCUCCAGUGGAUGCAGCAGUCUUGAGAAUUUGCCUGUAGGCUGCACUUGAUCUUUCCUAGAAAGGCACGGUGUCAUUCCAGGAGCUGCAAAGAAGCAGAUCCUUGCCGUGAUUGUGUCAUUUCACGUACCACAGUUCUUAGAAAACAAAAUAUAUAAAUAUUUUUAUAGGACAGUUUGAUACACCAAAUUUGUAAGGUGCAAAUUCACGUGCUACAUUUAACUUAAUGAUAUGUACUUGAUUAUUUUGUUUAAGAAGAUACGACUCGUUUAAGAACAUGUCAUUGUUUAUUUCAUGAUUUCUGUCUUCUCAGUCUUUGAUGCUUUUUGUGUGCGCAGGUCAUCUCAGGUCUGACGUUGAGCUGUGUGUUCAAUAGCUGACCCUCAGACACGUACUUGCAGAGAGAUGGCGCACAUUUCUAUGCAUACUUUUUACAUGGGCCAAAUGUGUUUUUGUUUUUUUGGGUUUUUUUGGUUAUCAUGUACGUACACACAUAAUCUAAAAAAAAAAAGUUUUUUUUUUUAAAGUAAGCUUUGGCAUUUCACAGAUUUAGACUCUGAAGCAUUGCAGUAGUAUGUUUUAUUUUCCCUUGCUAUAUGACAACUAAGUGGCCCAUGAUUUGAAGGUAUUUUAAAUCAGAAGCAUUUCGGUUAUUUUUAUAUAAUACUAUUCAGUAUUUCCAAGUGAACUCUGACAACGGCCAUUAUUUCUGCCUCCACUCAUAUAUUCUCAAGUGUCGUAGAGAAAUUUUUCAGAGGAAUUGUUAUUUAUGGAAUUGUAUGCCUCUUCUUUUAGUUAAGGUUACUUAAUAUUUAGUUUGCCUUAAACACUGCUUUUCUAACUUGGUGCCAUUCUGCCUUUACUCUUUAUGGAAAUUUUCAGUGAAACUGUUUUAAUAUUCAACUGGUUUAUCUAGUCCAUCAUGUUUGUAUUUAGUGAAAGCUUCCCCCGCUAAUCCCAAAUAAUAUAUUUUAGCAUUUUUGGAUUUAUAUAAAUCAAAAUUUAAAUAGUUUGUCUUAUACUUUGGACUCUAUGUAUGCAAGUUCCUAUAACUUUUUGAAGAUAGUUUCUUACACAAAUGUAAUAUAAUUUUUAUUUACUCGUCUAUACAGUUCGUUGGCUGUAAAUUAAGUAGCACAAUCUUAUAAAGGGUAUUGAAGCUCUUACCCCACACUGUCACUACAGGUAAUGUUUGCUUUGUAUUACUUUGGGUACUUACUUGAUUUUUGCUUUUUUACCCAAGGAUGAGAAGCAUUAUUUUCACAACUAUAUGUUCAUUUCCAGGCACUGUAUGAUUGCUUGGUGAAAUUAAGACUUGUUUGUCAUUAAAAGUAAGGAGAGAAAAGACAUGUAACCAGUUGCUGCGGCAUAAUAGGGCUAGAAUGCUUUUCUCCCCUCUUUUCUUGCUAUUUGUGCAACACUUUAUGUUUUCUCCAUCUGAUUAAUAAAAAAGAGAGGCCUUUCUGUACCACUUGCUUUUAUCCUUUAUUUUAAAAAAGCUACACUUUUCUAACAGGAUUUUAUCAUGGCAUUGGCCUGGUGACAAAUCACAAUUAGGGAUGAAGGAUGCCCGUACUUGGAAUAUGCAGGUGCAGAUAUGUCACUUUCCCUCCCGUUAUAGGGAAUCUUAGCGAUCCUAAAAAAAAUGUUUUUCUUUUUAUUUUACCAAGUCUCAGAUAGUUUAUGUUUCUGAAGGCUGUUUUCACAGAAUCACAAACAAUGGACAUCCCCUUAGAGGACAGUUUUCCCACAGUCCUCAAAUUCUUCAGUUAUUCUGUAGCUUGGGUGAAGCCAGGUAAUUUUCCCAGCCCUGUUCAUCCGCUGAACCUUCUGCUCUUUGGAACAGUGUGAGGGGGUGAGGAGAAUUAGGGAAAGGCACAUGAAAAAGAUAAACCCAGGAUCCACUUUUGACCCCCAGUUACCGUUGAAAGUCAUCCAAGCAUGACUGACUCCACACACUCUGUUUUCCCCACCUCAUGCUUAUUUUUUCAUCUUUAGAUUUCUUUGUCGUAUGAGGGGCAAGAAAAGUCACUCAUCACUUCGUACGCACCCUGGCGGCUCGAGCCGGGCAGGCCCGUGGUGAGCGUGGGCCCGAGAUAUAUGCGAGCCCUUGGUCCGAGGCCACAUUUCCCCUCACCAGUCACCCAGCCGCCCCUGGUUCUUUGCCCUUCCUGCUCCAUUCCCUCCCGACACUAGCAUUUCUGAGGGACGGUCAGACUCGGGGCUCUUUGCUCUUUUGGUCCCUCAAGCUUCGCAGGAAAACGGGUCUCUAACACAGUUCUUCAGCACUGUCUUGUGGUUGGGUCUGCGAUACUUUGUUCCUCUGAAAUGCUCCAGGAAUCACUCCGUGAAUUUUCUCUGCUGGUACACUUUUUUGUUUUAAUUAAGCAGUGUGAAGGCCACCAGGAAAAAUGAGCAGCAAGAGAAAUGUAAUGUCAACCUUAGGUGACAGAAGGAACUCCGAUGACUCCAUUCAAAACCCUUCGGCUAAUAAGCCUGGACCAGGGCUGUGCCACAGUUGGAAAGCUUCAGGCAGUUCUAGUUUUCUCCUCCUUGUCUCUUAAUUACUUCCCCAUUCUUUGUUCCUUUUUAUCUUAAGGAUUAAUGAGGUAGAAAAUCGAGAUGACUGAAUUUAAACCAAAUGGUAGUAUACUGGUAAGUUUAAGGAAAGUAUGAUAUGCAUGUAUUCAAAAAUUAUGCAAAUUAGCGAUACACUCAGGGUCAACUUAAUUACUUUAUGUGGUUGAAUUUACUUUGUUCCUUGACUACAAAAAAUUCUCAACAGAUAUUUGUUCUCUGAAGCCAAAUUGAUGGUAUUUUGUGAUCCACAAGAUGUUGGGUUAUGCAAAAAUUACUAAGAAACGUGGGUUUUUACUCCCAGAAUAUGAUGUUCAUUCUUAAGAAACUCUGCAGGAUGAUAUAUUGGAUAAGAACAGUUUUGUAAGUAUGUAAAUAUGUCAUAAAUAAAUAAUACCUCAUUUUAUUU